AGCUGUCUUCCAGGUUCUUCGAAUUAGAGUCAUUCACACAGAAGUCGUCGGACGUAGAACAUGCAUCGGAUCCUUUUGACUGUUGCAGCCCUAGUUUUUAUCUUGGGUUUUGCGGUAGCAGAUGCGCGGCGGGAUAAUAUUUGUUUUCAAGAAAAGGAUGAAGGAAGAGGUGACCGCCGAUACAUCCGCUACUAUUACGACCACCGAGAGGGAACGUGCAGGGAAUUCAUCUACAGGGGCAGCGAAGGCAAUGAGAACAGGUUUCGCAGUUACAAAACCUGUAUGGAAACGUGCCUUUCAGGCGCUUCAGCACCGGACGCGGAAGCACUUCCGCGCCGUUGUACAUUGCCGAAGGAUCGUGGGCACUGCAGAGAUCCAGAUGACGACCAUAAAGUAUUCAAGUUUUGGUACAACAUGAGAGAAGGAAAGUGUGAGAAGUUUGCCUUCUACGGGUGCGGAGGCAACGGGAACAGGUUCAAGAAACUCAAAGGGUGCCAACGAGCCUGUAAGAAAGGACCUUCAGCACCGGCCGGAGGAGGACUUCCGCACCGUUGUACAUUGCCGAAGGAUCGUGGGCACUGCAGAGACCCAAGGGACGAGGAUAAAGUAUACAAGUUUCUUUACAACAUGAGAGAAGAAAAGUGUGAGAGGUUUGCCUUCUACGGGUGCGGAGGCAACAAGAACAGGUUCGACAAACUCAAAGGGUGCCAACAAACUUGUGAGAAAGGAAAACCUCCUUCCGAUGCCCCCCCUCAAGAACCCUGGAACGUUUGCCAAUUACCCAGAGACCGCGGCCACUGUCGCGACCCACGUGACGACCGGGAGCGAACCAGGUACUACUUCAACACGGACAGCGAGAACUGCGAGUGGUUUAAGUUUUUCGGCUGCGGAGGCAAUGCCAACAACUUUCACACUCUCAAAGAAUGUCAGCAGCGAUGCGAGCGUUGGUGACUCCUGAGUUGAAGAAGAAGAAGCAGGAUCUCAUGUUAAAAGUCGUUACGUACCGAAUAAAAAUAUUGCCACCUUUAA